AUGAUUAUUACUGAACUAUCUGCUUAUUUAAUAAUAAUUAUUUGUGGAUUCAAAAUGGUUAGAUAUGUCAAUUUAAACACUAAUUUUGAUGGAGAUUUAAAGAGAUUGAAUAAACUCUUGACAAAAGUUUUGAUUCUUUUGGCAGUCGUACCAUUUGUUAAUCAAGCUGGCCUUCUAUUUCUUAUGAUUAGUUCAAAAACAACAAAUAAUGCAACAAACAUUAUCCGAAUAUUAAUUUUUAUCUCUCUUCAUUUUAUACCCGUAUUUAACCCAAUUAUUUGUAUUUUAACAAACACUCCAUAUCGAAAUGCUGUUUUAAAUCGUGCACAAAUACAUCCACAAUAA